AACAACAACAACAACAACAACAGCAAGCAGCUGCAGGUAUGGUGGGACAUAAACCGGAAUACACAAUGAAUCCUUACCACAAUGGAUAUAACGCCAUGAUGCCUGCAGAAUAUAACAUGUACAGCUCAAUGGAGCAACCUCGCAUGAAUUAUUAUGAUCCAUCCGUAUAUGGACAAUCACCUUCCAUGGGGUCUACCCACUUAUUCCCGCGUGACAAGUAUAUUACUCAAGUAGAAACAGGCUAUUAUUAUUAUCAGCCACAGCCCGCCCCUCCCCCACCACAACAACAAUAUCAACAGGCUGCCCAAGCACCACCACCACCAGCAGCACAACAACAACAACAACAGCCUCCUCCUCCCCCUUCUUCUGGCUUGGGAUACCCCUAUGUAAAUAAAGCCAUGUAUCCAGUGUAUAAACCCAAUAAUGAGUAUCAAGCGUACGAAGAUGUCAAUAACGGACAUGGAGGCAGUAAUAUGAUGCCAUUUGAUAAACAGCAACAGUAUUAUAUGAAACCCAUGAUGGAUGUCUAUCAUUAUGGACAACCACAACAAUCUCAGCAACCACAGCAACAACAAUAUUAUAAUCAACAACCUUAUUACCCUCAACCUUCAAGGCAGCAACAACAACCUUAUUGGCAUCAAGCAUAAAAAAACAAGACGCAAAAAAAAAAAAAAAUGCCCCAUUUAGGAAUAGUCUAAAUAUAGAGCAUACUUUUUUUUAUAUUUCCAUUUGAAUUUAUUUUAAUUAAUUAUUAUCCUUUC